UCGAGACCGAGUCGUGUGGCGUGUCAGUUGUGGUCUAGUGCGUGUGGUGGUCGGCUGUGUGCUCGGGUUUUCUUUCAGUGUUGGUGGAUCCCUUCGUUUUUGUUGUUGUCAGGAACGACAUCAAGGCUGAACAUAAUGGGUGACACGUUCAGGGCGCGAGACAUCAGCCUGAAGGCGCAGAAGAAACUCCUCAGCAAAAUGUCCAACAAGAGUAUAGCCAAAAACUUCAUCGACGACACCCACGCCUCCAUCUUGGACAACACCUACAACCUCGCCAAAAGUUAUACGGGCAACAAGAAGGAGGCGGAGAAAUUGGUGAAGAACAUCAUCAAAAUUGUUGUGAAGAUUAACAUCCUCUCCAGGAAUGACCAGUUUUCUCCUGAGGAUCUCAAAGUUGCAAAUCAGCUCAAGAACAAAUUCUCAACCAUAGUGAAAACCGUUAUCAGCUUCUUUGAAGUGGACUACACUUUCGACCGAUCCUUCUUGAUAAAAAACAUCAACGAUUGCCGGAGUCUCCUCAAGCAGUUGGUUGGCAAUCACUUGACGGACAAGAGUCUCGGUCGGAUAGACCACGUCCUUGACUUUUUCACGGAUGCAACCUUCUUGGAGGAGAUGUUCAGAAAGUCGUCUCCUUAUCGCCCAUCGCUCAAAAGCAUUAUUGAUGAUAUGAAUAAAGCUCUUGACGAGGGUGGAAUCUGAACGUGAUCAGAUUUGCAGGGUGGUUUAGCUGAGUGCAUAGGGUGAUGAAUGAGGGUAAGGCCUUAUUAAAAUGCAAGACAUGUCUGGAAGGAAUGUAUUGACAAAGGAAGAGUGCAGAGUGUAGCCCUUUGACGAAUAUUUCAUAGGUAAUCAGAGGCUCCUCAUUCACUGGCUGUUAUUUUGGCAUUGAUUAUAUGAUGAAGUUAUGCUACAGUAGUAGACAGGGAAAAGUAAGGAUGUCAUUCCUGAUAUCUUAAUGCUAGCACUUGCAGGAUAUCUUUGGAUUCUGAAAAACGGAAAAGAAAAAAAAAGUAAUCGUAGAGAAAAGAUACUCAUUCUAUGAUUUCUUAGCCUUGUAAGAUGUAUAUCAAUAUCUCUGUGAUGGACUUUUCAGAAAAAAAACUCCAGUCAUUGAAGCUGAGAGUCUUUUAUACAAUAACUUGCUAAGAUAGGCAUCGUUGAAAAUGUCAUUUUGAAUAGCCAGGUUUUAAAAGGUUUGUCUUGUGUAUAAUUUUUUUUUUUUUUUUUUUAUUAUCUUGAAUGAGGGCAUACUUUCUAGUGAAUUACUAUGCAAUUUUAUGUACAUGUAGUGUUUAGAUAUUCUUGUUCAUUAAACAGACAUAAGCAUGAAAUAUUUCAUGAAUAACUCAAAUGUUCAAGAAAUAUUUGUUUGACAAAUCAAAGUGAAAUAUGCUCCUGUGUUUCCUCAAAGCACUUAAUUGCAUACAGUAUUUGCUUACCUAUAUUGCUUUAAUUUUAGAUGAUCAUAUGUGCACACACAGUAACAGAAUACAAACUUAUACCAAAAUAUAUAUAUAUAUAUAUACUCCAUUUUUCUUAUCUUCAUUAUUGCUAUGACUGUAAAAUGCACAAACUGUAUUUCAGAGUUAGAGGAAGAAAGCCUAUCUGAUAGAAUAUCUAAUUGGAAAAAUUGAUUUAUUGUUCAUACAGUAAUGCACAUAUAUACUUUUUUUUUUUCAUUAUUAACAGAAUCUCUUUUUUUAAGUCCUUUUAUUCAUGAUGGUAAAUGAGAGUGAGCCUGCCAGCUUUUAUUGACAUACAGAUAAUUCUGUGAUAAUUGCAUGUUAAAAUCUGUACUUGGUUCCAUUAUUAGAGCAUCAUAUUUUUAUUGUAGGGUUCUUAUUUGUGCACAUACACUUGUACAUGCAUAUAUCCAUAUGCUCUUGCAUAUACACAAGGAUAUACAUACAUAUGUACCCACAAACGCA